AGCCAUUCAGAAUCUUGAUUUGUUAAUAAUCUUCUUGGGAUUAUCUAAACUAAUCAUUUUUGUUUAUUUCUCUUUCAAUUAAUGCUUUCUUCUAAGUCUAAAUGAUACUUCAACUCUUACCCACUUAUCACUCCAUCAAUUUCUCUCUUCUGCUCAGAACAAAAAACACCCAUCAAUCCAUGUCUACUCUCACCUCUUUGUCUCUCUUCACUUCCUUUGUACUAAUAGUACUUCUUCUAUUACCAGUAGCCUUGUCAAGUUCAAGAGUACAACCUAUAGAGGCUUUACUUAGUCGUUUAGAUUCUAAAAGAUCAUCUCCAUCAGUUCAAGAAUCAGCAGCUAAGGGUGUUUUGCAAAGAUUGUUACCUACCCAUGUACAUAGCUUUGAGUUCGAGAUUGUCCCUAAGGAUGUUUGUGGCGGACACAGUUGCUUUUUGAUAAACAAUUCAAAUCAAUUGAGCCAAGAUGGACCUGAGAUAUUUAUUAAAGGCACUUCUGCAGUAGAGCUCACAUCUGGCCUCCACUGGUAUUUGAAGUACUGGUGUGGUGCUCAUAUUUCAUGGGACAAGACUGGUGGCAUUCAGAAAGCUUCAAUUCCAAACCCAGGAUCACUGCCUCCUGUAAAGGAUGAAGGAAUAGUUAUUCAACGUCCAGUCCCAUGGAACUAUUACCAAAACGUUGUUACUUCCAGUUAUUCAUAUGUUUGGUGGAAUUGGGAGAGAUGGGAGAAAGAGAUAGACUGGAUGGCUCUUGAAGGGAUAAAUCUACCUUUGGCUUUCACAGGACAGGAGACCAUUUGGCAAAAAGUUUUCAUGAACUUCAAUGUUAGUGCGGAAGAUUUGAAAGAUUUUUUUGGUGGACCUGCUUUCCUUGCAUGGGCUCGUAUGGGGAAUUUACAUGCGUGGGGUGGGCCCUUGUCACAAAAUUGGUUGGAUCAACAAUUGAGUUUGCAGAAACAGAUACUUUCUCGAAUGCUAGAGUUAGGCAUGACUCCAGUGCUUCCAUCAUUCUCUGGGAAUGUUCCAGCAGCUUUAAAAAAGUCUUUUCCUUCAGCAAAUAUAACUAGACUCGGGGACUGGAACACUGUAGAUAAAAAUCCUCAUUGGUGCUGUACUUACCUUCUUAAUCCUUCUGAUCCCUUGUUUGUUGAAAUUGGGGAAGCAUUUAUAAGACAACAAAUUAAAGAAUAUGGGGAUAUGACAGACAUCUAUAACUGUGAUACAUUCAAUGAAAAUCUCCCACCUACAAGUGAUCCAACAUAUAUCUCUUCACUCGGUGCUGCCAUAUAUAAAGCAAUGUUCAAAGGUGACCCCGAUGCUGUGUGGUUAAUGCAAGGUUGGCUCUUCUAUUCAGACUCUUCUUUUUGGCAUCCACCGCAAAUGAAGGCACUUUUACACUCUGUUCCACUUGGGAAAAUGAUAGUUCUAGAUCUGUUUGCUGAUGUCAAACCCAUAUGGAGAACAUCCUCUCAAUUUUAUGGCACUCCUUAUGUUUGGUGUAUGUUACAUAAUUUUGGGGGAAAUAUUGAAAUGUAUGGCAUAUUGGAUUCAAUAUCUACAGGUCCAAUCGAAGCCCGUGUUAGUGAAAAUUCAACCAUGGUUGGUGUUGGCAUGUGCAUGGAGGGAAUAGAGCAUAAUCCAGUUGUUUACGAACUGAUGUCUGAAAUGGCAUUUCGCAGUGAAAAAGUUCAAGUUCUGGAAUGGCUGAAGACUUAUUCUCGUAGACGAUAUGGUAAAGCAGUUCAUCAAGUUGAAGCAGCUUGGGAGAUCCUUUACCACACAAUUUACAAUUGUACAGACGGAAUUGCCGACCAUAACACAGAUUUCAUAGUGAAAUUCCCUGACUGGGAUCCAUCAGUUCAAUCUGGAUCUGACACAUCACAGCAAGACAAUAAACAUAUCUUCCUCCACCGAUCUGGAUCCAGAAGAUUCUUAUUUGAAGGGCCAAAUUCCACAUUGCCACAAGCACACAUAUGGUACUCUAUCCAGAAGGUGAUCAACGCAUUACAACUAUUCAUUGAUGGUGGAAGUCAUCUUACUGGAAGCCUCACAUACAGAUAUGACUUGGUUGACUUAACGCGACAAGUUCUGUCAAAGCUAGCAAACCAAGUAUACGUUGAUGCUAUAAUAGCUUUUCGGAGUAAUGAUGCUCGUGCCUUGAAUCUUCACAGCCAGAAAUUUAUCCAACUCAUCAAGGACAUUGAUGUACUUCUUGCUUCCGAUGAUAAUUUUCUAAUCGGAACAUGGCUCGAAAGUGCAAAGGAGCUGGCACUGAAUCCUAGUGAGAUGAGGCAGUAUGAAUGGAACGCAAGGACGCAAGUGACAAUGUGGUACGAUACCACGAAAACAAACCAGAGCAAGCUCCAUGAUUAUGCUAACAAAUUUUGGAGUGGACUACUAGAAGACUAUUAUCUUCCAAGAGCUUCAACCUAUUUUGAUCAUCUGGUGAAGAGCUUGAAACAGAAUGAAAAGUUCAAGCUGCAGGAAUGGAGGGAAAAAUGGAUAGCAUUCUCAAAUGAAUGGCAAGCAGGCACAAAGCUUUAUCCAAUGAAGGGCAGUGGAGAUGAUGCCCUUGCUAUUUCUAAAGCAUUGUAUGAUAAGUACUUUGGUUAACGAUAUGAUGGCUUCAUUUAUCCACAGGAAUCAAAAGUGGGUUCAAUCAACAUGUUGUAAGUGACAUUUGCAGCUUUUAUGCGCUAAUGUAACCUUUUCAAAUAUUUGGGCGUUGCAAAUAAAUAUUAAGUUUUCUUUUUUCCA